AUGUCGUUCUUCGGUCUCGGAAGACUCGUCUACGUGAUAAUCCUCAUAACCAACUCCAUCGCAAUCCUCUCCGAAGACCGCUUUCUCGCACGAAUUGGAUGGGGGCGCACGCAAGCGGACCCUGCCUUCGGCGCCGCCUACGACAGCACAAGCGUGAAAGCAAAGACCAUAAACCUGAUUGCUAGUGUGAGGACAGUGAUGCGGAUACCCCUAAUCGCGAUUAAUACAAUAAUCAUCGUCUAUGAACUCAUCUUAGGAUGA